AACUUGGCACCUGCCGUGAAUCGCAAGUUUCGCCAUCCGCGGAGCGGAUUCCAGUUAGCAUCCAGCUCCCUAAAUUCCCCGAUUUCUCCGCGGCUCCCUCCGAACAGCUCCAGAUUCUCUUCCUUUCCUGAAGGCCGCUCUGGAAUCUGGACUCAAUUCCAGAAUAGCUCGCACGAUGUCCGCUCAUUCCUGCUCUCUCCUCCGCCUCCGCCCCAAUUCCACCGCCGCACGCGCUGCCAUCUCCGCUCCGCGAUGCGCGCGCUUCCCUUCCCCCCUACCGCUGCUCUCCCCCGCCAAGCCUCCCAGCGCCAUCUGUGGGUCGACUAGCCGCUUUAGAAGGAGCGCCGCCAGCGCGGGGAUUGCGCGGAGCGCGGAAAUUACGCGGAAUUCGGGAAUUCCGAGACGCUCGAGCCACAUUAGCGGGAGGGACGGCGGCUUGAGGGGAAUCGGUGUGGGGUCUGCUCCUUGGACCAAUAGCAGCAGCAGCAGUAGUAAUAGUUUCCGCAUUUUCGUUCUUCCGCGCGUUUCCCCGCCGCCCCGUCGCAAUGCGCAACGGGAGCUUGUUCCCCCGGUGGUUUGCCGGCCUAACGCGUCGCUCUCUAGCGGAACCGGGGAGCGGGCGGAGCCCAUAGCGGGCGGAGAAGUGGUGGGGGGGAAGUACCGCAUCGUGCGCCUGCUGGGGGAGGGGUCGAGCGGAAGGCUGUAUGAGGCGGAAGAGGUGGGGGAAGGGGGGCCGGCGGAAGGGGAGGUGGGGGAAGGGGGAGGCGGGGAGCGGGUGGCGGUGAAAUGCAUUUCGUUGCGGUCCGCGACGAGAUGGAAGUAUUUGGACCUAUUUGAGAGGGAGGCUCGGGUCCUUCGCAGCCUCAACCAUCCUGGCAUUCCGCAAUACAUAGACUAUUUCGAGGAGGACACCGCUACAGACAAAGCGUUCUAUCUGGUGCAGCGGCUAGCGCAGGGGCAGUCAUUGGCAGCUUUAGUGGCUGGGGGGUGGCGAGGCAACGAGGAGGAGGUUGUGCGGAUUGGCGUUAAGGUCCUGGAAGUCUUAUCUUAUUUGGAGUCGGUUCGGCCACCAGUGGUGCACAGAGACAUCAAGCCCGACAACAUCAUUCUGGACCAAUCACGGGGCACGGUUCAGGUGGUUGACUUCGGGGCGGUGCAGGAGGCAGCUGCAUCCGCACGGAGCGAUGCUCCUCUCGGCAGCACAGUUGUUGGUACGUACGGCUACAUGGCGCCAGAGCAGUUUCAGAACCGGGCGACCUCACAGUCGGACCUCUACUCCCUGGGUGCCACUCUGCUCUUCCUGCUAUCGGGCCGACCUCCUUCUGCGUUUCCCCAGAAUCGCCUCAAGAUUGACUUCCAGUCGUCUCUCGGCCCCUCCGUAUCCCCCCGCCUAGCCACUGUGCUGGACUGCCUGCUCAUGCCCGCACCAGAGGACAGAUUUAAGACUGCUCGUGACGUCAUCAACGCUUUGACCUGUGCCGAAUCCUCACUCUACCGUUACCUGCCGAACCACUACAAGCAGCAGCAGCAGCAGCAGCAGCAACCGAACUCCUCUUCCCCAACCACUCUGAGCACUGCUGGCAUGGGGGGGUCUCGCUUCAACAAGGCCAAGGGCGCCUCCUCUCUCAUGCAGCGGCCACCUUCCUCUGUCGCUCCGUUGCAAAACCUCCCUGCCUCCUUCCUGCCCCCUUCUGCUCCACUCACCCGACCUGCCGGCACCCAAGUGGUACUGGAGAGGACAGAAGGUGGAAAGGUGCUGGUGGUUCACAUUCCCCCUGCCGGUUUGACGCGGGAGGCUGUCGGCACAGGCGGCUUUGCCAUAGCCUGGAAUGCCUUCAUUGCUUUUUGGACUGCCUCAGCACUCACAGGAGGGGCGCCUCUUCUAUUCACUGCGUUCUCCAUCCCCUUCUGGCUCGUGGGCGGAGACCUGGCCAAAAAGGUGGUCUCCUCAAUCGCAGUGUCGGUGGAUCUGGUGUUUGACCGCCGGGGGGAAGGGCCUGGAGGGGAUUUCAGCAUAACCUGGCGGGUGGGCGAUCUAUGGAGCCACACCGAGAGGGGCAGAUGCGCUGAUGUUUCACGGGCUGCAGUGGUGGUGGAAGGGUUCCAAAACGGCGAGCCAAUGGCAGUUUGCCAGCUGGCGGAAGGCGUGAAGGAGCAUCGCUUUGGAGGCGGGCUGAAGCCGGUGGAGCAGCAGUGGGUGGUGGGGCAGAUAGGGGAGUUCCUGGGGAUUGGGUUUGGGGGGGUGCUGGGGGUGGAUGAGGAGGCGAGUAGGAGGGGAGGGAGGAAUCAGUGGAGCGACGAUGAGGAGUGGUGAGGAGAAACCCAAUAUGCCCAUGCAUUGCGAUGCACAAUUGUUAAAGCAAAGCGCGUGUGAUAUGUGGUGGGCAGAAUAUGCCUACGACAUGUUUGCUUAUCGUAAACGCCCGGAUAGAAGACCCCCCUAAGUCUUAUCAUAUACCGAGCAAGUCGUGAAGUUUCUUGUUGAAAGUACCUCAAAAGACUUGAGCGUUUCUGAAGUGUAACACUACACUCGAGGAAGACUACAAGGGGUACGCGAGUCAACGGAGGUUACACGAGGGGGCGGACAAAGAACACGAAGGGUCUGGGACUCAAAGGGUCGCAACUGGAGGUUGCGACUGACCGUUACAACAGCGCGGAUGGUAACCGAAGCGACAAUCGAGUCGCUGUGCGACUCGAUAAACCGCUACUGCAACUGUACUCUACAACUGUUUUCUUAUCUUCUAUAUAUUGCUGUAUGCUUGUCUCUUUAAUCAAUCACUUGUUCUCAC